AGUAAAAUGUUCAAAAUAAGUUUACUCAGUUUAUUAUUGUACACUUUGUGUGGGAAAAUGUCAAUUGCUGUUCCUCAAAGAUGGAAUGUUGACACGACUACGAUUGCUACUACCACUACUACAACAAUGACUACACCUACUACUACCACUCCAAAUUCACAGGACACAUCCUCAACAACCGAUCCUAUGAAAGCACUUACUCAACAAAUGAUUACUAUUCUUCAACAAUAUUUCAGUUCAAAUUCGUCAAGUCAAUCAGAACACCAAAAUAAUAAGUCACAAUCUAUAUCAGGAUCAGUGAGUAACUUUAAUCAUAAUGAUAUUGGCGUUGUUAAUCAAGGAGAUAUGAGCUCAAAAGAGGAUGUUAACUAAAGAUGAAAAAAAUAAAAAAAAAAUUAAAAUUAUUGUUGUAUGUCAAAUUACAUUUAUUUUAAUGUUAAUUUUUUCUUACUGAAAAUGACGCGUGUUAUGACAAAAAGUUAGAACGAUUCGAAUAGAAAUGAAA